AUGGCUCCCUGCCUCCUCUCCCACUCCACGACCCAACGCCUCCUCACCCUCUCCCUCACAAUGGGCGUUUUUCUCCUCGUAGGAUCCUGGCUCGUCGUCGCUGGUGGGUUUGGAGAGGUUUUUGCUUGGGAUUGGAAUGGUGGUGGUGGAUCGGGAUGGGGUUGGGGCUGGGGAGUAAAGAAUGGGAGUGCGAGUGCGAGUGGGGGUGGGAGUGCAAAUUGGCAUGAUAAUGUGGGUGUCUUGGAGUUUGUGAAUCCGAAGAUUGGCACGUAUGGGAUCACGCCGAAUGGGAAUGGGGGUAUGGUGCCUAGUGUGGGCAUGCCGUUUGGGAUGACGAGGUGGACGGCUCAGACACGAGAGAACUUCAUCUCCCAAGCGCCCUACAACGACCUGGACACAUCCAUCCACGGCUUCCAAGCGACGCACCAGCCGGCGAUUUGGAUGGGGGAGAGCGGACAGGUGGUGGUGAAUCCGGGGGUUGGGGAGGUUAAAGCGCUAUUUGAGGAGCGGGCGCAUAGGUUCGGGAAGGCGGAGGAGAGGAGUGAGGCGUAUGUUUAUGAGGUGAGGAUGGAGGCGGAGACGACGGAGGCCGGGGCGAAUUUGACGGAGAGUAUUUAUUCUCCGGUUCCUGGGGGCGCGCAGCCUGUGCCGGAGGUGGUGAUGGAGGGGGCGAAUGGACGGGAUAGGAGGAGGUGGGAUGGGGGUGUGGGUGUGCGUUCGAGUGGUAAGGCUGAGGAGGAGGAGGAUGAAUUCUCGAUCUUGCCUGUACACGACGUCCAGAAGGCCGUGAGCAAGAAUGAGAUCACGGUGGCUAUGACGGCCAGCUCCCACGUCGGACAUAUGCGGUUCGAUUUCGACGAUUCGAGGGAUCCUUACGUCUUGAUCCAGGCGACGAGGAAGAAUUGGACGGGACAUAUUGAGAUUGAUCCUUCGAGGAGGGAGAUCUCUGGGAGUAAUAAUCAACGACAGGAUUAUCUGCUCGGUCCGUUGAAAGCGCCUGGGUUCUCGGGGUACUUCGUCUCGAGGUUCUCGGAGCCGUUCGAGUCGUUUGGUGUUGCUAAUGGAGGAGAAUUGAAGAAAGGGGCGAAGACUGGGAAAGGCGAGGAACUGAGUGCGUACGUGACGUUCUCAAAUGCCCGAAGAGUAGAGAUGAGGACUGGAGUCUCGUUCGUGAGCGUGGAGCAGGCGCGGAAGAAUCUGGACAUCGAAGCCCCCCAAUCCCUAUCCUUCGACCAAGCCGUCGAAAAUUUGAAGCAAGCAUGGCUGGAAAAGCUGGGCAGAGUCACGAUCGAAGGCUACAAUCAGACGGACGCAGACCACGACCCACGCACAAUCUGGUACACAGGCCUCUUCCACGCCCUGCAAUAUCCCUCAGAUUUCUCAGAACCCACGUCGAAGAACCCCAAUUCGCCACGGACGUUUUACUCGGGAUACACGGAUAGCGUGCACGUCUCUCCAGAUGUGUAUUAUCAAUCCUGGUCGAUCUGGGAUACGUUCCGGGCGGAGCAUAGCUUGUUGACGCUCUUCGCCCCGGAGCGCGUCAAUGGUAUGAUGCGUUCGCUGGUGCAGAUUUAUGAAUGGGCGGGACGAUUGCCCAUGUGGGCGAACGUCGUGGAGACGAAUAUCAUGAUUGGGACGCAUGUUGAUGCUGUGAUUGCGAAUGCUCUUGCGAGGGGGUUUAAGUCUUUUGAUGUGGGCAAGGCGUGGGAGGGGGUCAGGAAGAAUGCGUACGUUCCUCCUAUCAAUGAUACGGAAUUGCUGUAUUAUGACCGUGAGGGCGAGACACCGGAUGAAGUAAGAGCUGGUUUGACGACGUAUCUGGAGAAGGGGUACGUAGCGAAUGAUCGGUGGAGCGAGAGUGGAAGUCGAACGCUGGACUACGCCUUCGACGACCACGCCGCAGCCGUCGUAGCAGAGCACGCAGGCGACAAUGCCACCGCCCAGGAACUUUACAACCGCAGCAUGAACUACGACAAAAUCUACAACCACGACACAGGCUUCAUGGAAGCGAAGAACGACAACGGCACCUGGGCGGGCUCCGAACAAGGCUGGGCCGAGGGCGACGACUGGAUCUACACCUUCAACGUCAUGCACGACCCGCUCGGCCUCGCGAACCUCAUGGGCGGGAAAGACAAGAUGAAGGCGAAGCUGGACGAGUACUUCCAAGGCGGCCAUAACGACCACUCGAACGAACCCUCGCAUCACGCUCCGUACUUGUACUCUGUGAUCGGAUAUCCCGCCUCGACGCAGAACUUGACGAGGGAGAUUGCGUAUGCGAAUUAUAAUGCUACGUCGGCGGGACUGAGUGGGAAUGAAGAUCUCGGACAGAUGAGUGCGUGGUAUGUCUUCUCUGCGCUGGGGUUCUACCCCGUCAAUCCGGCGGGUGAUGAGUAUGUCGUGGGGAGUCCGUGGUUUGAGAAGGUCGUGUUGAGGUUUCCCAAGGGCGUGGCGACGGGGGGUGUUGGGGGAGAGGAGCAUACGUUGACUAUUGAGGCGCCUGGAGCAGUGGAGAAGCCUUAUGUGAAGGGGUUGUCGGUUGAUGGAAGGGAGGUGAGGAGUCCGGUGUUGAGGCAUGGGGAGAUUGUGGGGAGUGCGAGGAUUGUGUUUGAGAUGAGUGGGACGCCGAGUAGUUGGGGCGAGUAG